CGCCCCGCCUCGGCCCGCGCGCGCCAUGGCCUGCCGGCCGCGAAGCCCCCCCCGGUGCGGGAGCCGCUGCGACGGCGACGCCAGCCCGCCGCCCCCCGCGAGAUGGAGCCUCGGCCGGAAGCGCAGAGCCGACGGGAGGCGCAGGAAGCCGGAGGACGCCGAGGGCCCCGCGAGGCCGGCGGGCGACCGCAGACCCGACAGCUUUACCACUCCUGAAGGCCCUAAGCCCAGUUCUAGAUGUUCAGAUUGGGCAAGUGCAGUUGAAGAAGACGAGAUGAGGACCAGAGUUAACAAAGAAAUUGCAAGAUAUAAAAGAAAACUCCUCAUAAAUGAUUUUGGAAGAGAGAGAAAAUCAUCAUCGGGAAGUUCUGAUUCGAAGGAGUCUGUGUCUUCAGUGCCAGCCGACUUAGAGACAGAUGAAAGUGUCCUGAUGAGAAGACAGAAACAGAUCAACUAUGGAAAGAAUACCAUUGCCUAUGAUCGCUAUAUUAAAGAAGUCCCAAGACACCUUCGACAGCCUGGCAUUCAUCCCAAGACCCCCAACAAAUUUAAGAAGUAUAGUCGACGAUCGUGGGACCAGCAAAUCAAACUCUGGAAGGUGGCUCUGCAUUUUUGGGAUCCUCCAGCUGAAGGAGGAUGUGAUUCGCAAGAAAUACAUCCUGUAGACCUCGGGGAAAUGGAGACGGAAUCUGUGGAAAGCAGCUCCGAGUCCCAAGCGAGCUCUCAGGAUAACUUCGAUGUGUACUCUGGCACACCCACCAAAGUUAGACACGUGGACUGCCAAGUGGGGGACGAGUUUGAUUUGGAAGCUUGUCUAACUGAACCCUUGAAAGACUUCCCAACCAUGAGCUAACUGGUGCCACCUGGAGGCCACUGAAAGCAAGAGUCGCCUCCACCUGCCCAGGUGGAGGGCCAGCUAAGCAUGCGUCGUACAUUGUUAACUGGAUGGUUUCUGUUAAUAGUUCAUUAUCUCACGGUGAAUUGUUAUUCUUGCCUUAUUUUCUUAAGAAACAUUAAUUUUAUGUAUAGUGAGUGUAUUUUGCAUGUUUUAACUUGUAAAUGGAACUAAAUCCAAGCAAAACUGAACCUGAAGCAAUCUUGCAACAAACUUAAUUGCUUAAUCCCUACCAUCUUUUAAGUUAGCCUGACCAAGCAUACUUUAACUGGUGUUCCAUGAGUAUUUUAGACAUUAAGUUCCCACUUGUCAGAUGGCUGGUUUGCGUUUAACCAUAUGUUCAUGGGACCAAACUAGCAUCAGCUUUCUUUAAAGUAUUCUCAGAAUCAGAUACCUUUAGUAUCUUUAUGGAAACUUAAUUUUUGGCUUUUUGUCAGUAUGUCUAGGUGUGUUGUUUUCCUCAGACAGAGCACUGAAUAGUCAAAGGUAUUAAAUUGAGCUAAGUUAAUGGAUUUUAUGUAAGUUACACAGUCUUAAUUUGGUACUUGUAAAUAGCACUAAGUCGGCCUUCUACCUAUAAUUCUCCAAGAGUUAAGGCAGCAGAAGGAUUUAGUAAGAACUUUUUUUUUUUUACAAUCAGUUAAUUUACCAUGUAAAAUUGCUGUAAAUGAUAAUGUGUACAGGUUUCUGUUCAAAUAUUCAAUUGUAAACUUCUUGUUAAGACUGUUAUGUUUCUUUCGCUUUUGUAUGGAAUGACAUUGCAAAAAUAAAAAGAAAAGAACUUUC